GGACCACCGGCGGUCAGUAUCCAUCUGGCGAUCGGCGCGACAACACCCGCCUCUUCUAAUUCUAUAUAGUAAGGAAGGGUGGGAGAUUCGUUUUCUAAACUGAUUAAGGACACACACUUUGGUGCAAGAAGGCUGGUUUAGUGCCAACUAAGGGCAGCUUAUAAGGGCUAAUUCCUGCUGAGAAGCGUUCGGAACUGAUUCCGACAAAGGAAAAAGGAAGAAGAAACGAUUUAAAACGUGUCAAUCCUACCGUGACCCAGAACGCAAUGAAAAAAGUGUUGAAAAAGAAGGAAAAAAAGUGACACAAUUUAAGUAAAAGCCGCCGUUGACAAACAUAUUACAACAAAAAGAGGGAUUAAAUGGUUGCGUGAUUUUGUGCUGGUUCUGGCUGUUGCACUUUCUGCUGGUGAAGUGAACCCGUAUAUUUUCAGAGGUUUUUUUCUCUCGUCAAAAAGUCAGAAAAGAGAUCGACGGCCAAAGUGUUGGCGGGUUGAAGUGUCGAGGGAAAAAAGAACAGUCAACCAGAGUCCCCGUACCGAAAUAAUUGUGGAAGUGGAAUUAUUCGUUGGAUGGUGAUUAAUUACAGCGAUCGGUUUCCUGCGCCGGGUGACAAUAAUGUGAUAACAAAGAGUAGCAGCGGGCAGAAAAGUGAUCAUUUUAACUCUGGAUUUUGGAAAGCAAACUGUGGACUCUACAAUUGAAAUUUGUUUGUCAAAUAAAAAGAGUGCGAUGUAAUUCGUAAACUGAUUAGAAGACAUUUCUUAAAUAGUGAAAUUCAGAUGACUCUUAAAAUGGUAAAACAGCGAAUUCACCACUCCAAUAUGAUGAUCUCGAUGGGCGGUGUACUAACGACGCUGGCCCUUCUAGUGCACGUGGCCAAAUUUGGAGUUUUUGGUCAACAGUUCAAAAGCGUGCCAACGACGGUGAAAACGUACGAAAAUGAAACCGUUUUGUUGCCGUGCUAUCACAAUGCUCCGUACCGAUACGUGAGGUGGUCCCGGGACGAUAUGCUGCUGGUGGAUACGCGCAAUCCGGAACUGCCGGUGCCACCGCGGGUGCAGCUGUGGAAGAACGGCAGCCUCGAGGUUUCGACGGUGCAGAUGGAGGACACCGGGGAUUACACGUGCGAGAUUACCACCGAAGGAGGCCGGGCGAUUCAGCAGCACGCGAUAGAGGUGCAGUACCCCCCAACGAUCGCCAUGUACCCGGUCGGUCGCGUCGAAGUUAAAGUCGGCCAGAUCGUGGAGGUCGUGUGUGACGCCACCGGCGUACCUCAACCGUACGUGACGUGGAAUUACAAAAACGAAAACGCCAGCGCCAGCUUCGAGAACAACCGCAAGCUGAGCAUCCUCGUGGAGAGCAAGGACUUUGCGGGGCCCAUCGAGUGCCAGGCCACGAACGGCGUUGGUGACCCGGCGGUGGAGACGCUCGAUCUCGUGGUUGACUUCGCUCCGGAAGUGACCGUCCCCGUCGCCGUCGUGCACACCAAGGUUGGCCAGAGUGCCACCCUGGAGUGCUUUGUGACAUCCCGCCCAACGGCCACCAUCCACUGGUUCCACAAGGGUCUACCACUGCCGUCGGAAAAGCGACUCAUCAAACACGACACCGUGGUCAGCACCUCCCAGUAUCACUCCGUCCGCCGGCACGCCCUCUUUAUCCGGAACAUCAAGGACGCCGACCUCGGUCGAUACGAGUGCAAAGCGGAGAACCGGAUCGGUCUCAAGGGCGCUCACCUGGAACUCACCGGACGGCCCAUGCCGGCCGCCUUCAAACCAUCCGCCGGAAUGUCCUCGUCCACGACGCACCACCUCAUCUGGCAGGUCGAGAGCUUCUCGCCGAUCAUCGAGUACAAACUGCGCUUCCGGAAGAUCCCAUCCGGGGACAUCACCCCAACCCGUCGCUACCCGGACCUGGCCUGGAGCGAACUGAUCAUCCCGUCGGACGGUUCCGCCGGCCCCCUCCACAGCAUCGGUUACACCCUGCAAGGUCUGCAGGCCGCCAGCGUGUACGAGGUGGUCGUGCUGGCCCGGAACCGGUACGGCACCGGUGACGCCAGCAACAUCCUGCGGUUUGCCACCGGCGGCGAGGUCGAGCUGCCGGAGAUCACGGAGACGACCUCGCAGCUUGGGGCGGACGGCGACUAUGCGGAUAAGGACGGCGGCCAGGAAGAUCCCAACAUUACGGACAAUGUCAUACCGCGAGACUUUUACGACUACGAGCAGCAGUUCACGAGCGAGUCGCGGACGGACGGGGAGAGGGGAGGUUCUGGAGCGGGGAGUCCGACCGGAACCGUGUGUUUGGGGGUUGUGUCGUGGAUUGUGGUGUUGGUUUGUUCGAGAAGAGUUUUCAGAGAAUAAAAAGAUUUUUAAUUAAAA